AUGUCAACUCCGAAUGAGAUAGACCCACUGGAGCCGUCUUUCUGGAACGAAGGCAGGAAGAUGCUAGGGGCCAAAGGGUCUCACCUUUAUGGCACCAAGGGACCGCACAAAGAGUGUUUCGCGAGAAUCACUGCGAUUCUUACCCAGAUCGUAAAGCUCCCAAACGAGUCUCUUCUCCAGGUCCUCAGGUCAUGCAUCAAUCCGAUGCAGAACUCUCACCCGCUUGAUGUCGCUCUUGGCGACCUUCCUGAGGUCUGGAAAGCGGUGAUGCCACCAAAGGACAGCAAACCUACAAACCCGAAGUUUUGGCAACGAGUUCGCUCUCAUAUCUGUUACGAGCUUUGGGGAAAUAUGAUUCUGAGGGGCCUUUCAGAACAAGUACGCGAGACAAAUCAUCCUUUCACUGCCGCGUUGCAAGGUAUUUGGCGGGACAACCUCAAUCAAUGGGUUGAGAUAGUCAAAAAUACUAGGAGUAAACGGGAAUCCAAGCUCUGCCAAUUGAACAAUGCUCGAGGCGAGGACGAAGCCGAGCUAUGGGAAACCUCUAUCCCCGCUCUUAUAGCACCGACCGGUGGGCUGGAUGCACUCGGGACAAGCAAGAUCCAGUCGUUGCUUCAGUUGAGAGAGAAGUUGGGAUCAGGUCAGCGGGUGUACGAGCAUCUGAAGCAAGCUCUUGACGACUCUCCGCAGCAGAUCAAGCGGAACGUCGCAGGGGAAUCAUCGGAUGACACCACGGAACCGGAUCGCAAGAAGAAGACGAAGCGAGGUCAUCUCACCGUGCUCGAACUGAGCAAACUCAUCGAGCCGGAGCAGCUCCCUUCAUCGACAACUUUGCCGCCUUCACCUGACCAAGCGAUCUCACCGCCUUUUGAACCGUUGUCACAAUCGCCACCUCGUUCGUUGACGAUCAUACCGCAUGACUUGGUUAUCCCCGAGCCACAUGACUCUCAUCCUGCGCAGCUGCUUCAGAUCUUGGCCGCCGGAAGGGCCGUUCGAGAGCAGGGAAAUCAUGCCGAUCUGGACCAUAUCAAAGGAAUCGGUCUCGAAAGAAUCGAAUUUGCCCCAAGAUCUUUUCGGAGCGGCAUCAGACUUUCAGACCGUUCGACAAGAUCUCCUGAAGCACUAUGGUCAGCCGACCUUUUUCGUCUCCAUUUAUUGCACUGGCAGACUGUCAGGCGACCAAAAUCUCUCCCUUUCAACGAUGCGUGGAUUCUGAGGCUGCCCAUGAGCCGAGUCAAAGACUGGGGUCCGGAAGACGCACACCGUUCGCUCGUCUGCGAGAUUGACCGGCGGAUCCAACAUGUCCGGCCGGACGAUCAGCCUAGUCCAGGCCCCUGGAGCAAGGCGCUUGAUGCGGUCGAGGCGGAGUUAUCACACGGGACUAGAAGUAAACACAUAGGGGGUGUUCUAGAUAUACUCCGUACGGAACUCCCAUCGGAGGUCCCUGUAAAACUACCCGACGCGGGUGUUUGGUACGCGUACCGCGGAUGCCAUAACAGGAUCCCCCCCCAGGCCGAGAUUCCAGAUCGGCCAGCGCCGCUCGUGUUUCACGGAUACCCGAAUUUCGGGCCCGAUGGGGCGCGUCUCGUUGUCGUUCUUUUCUUUGUCCUUGCGCGGACAUCCGGAUGGGCGCAUGUCCGACUCAUUGUUCGGGAGGUGUAA